CAUUGCUGUUGCCUGCGACAAUUGAAACAUUAUGCUGAAGACUAUACAUGAAGAGUCUCAACCUGAGCUCGAGAAAGGUGACGAAACACUCGUAAAGGAAAGAAGGCUUCUAUCUCACUUUUUUCCAGAUGAAGUUCCUCCAAUUCCUACUGAUGAGGAACGAACUUGGUUCCCCGAAAAAACUUGCAAUGUAUUUAGGAAAAUAUCAUUUUGGUGGCUCAACCCUGUAUUGAAGACUGGAUAUAUGAGGACUUUAAGGGAUGAAGAUUUGUUUAAAUUGACCCCAGAAAUAACGACGGAUGCGAUGGCUGCAAGAUAUUACAAGUUUUUGGAGAAAAGAAAACACGGACAAUCUGAAAUUACUCGUAAUAUGUUAGUACUUGCGGCAAUGGAUACUUUUUUCAAACAAUUUCUGUUGUCAUGUGUUUUUUUAAGUAUUUCCGGUUGUUGUCUCACUUUGAAUGCGUUAUUGGUCAAAGAACUAAUCUUGUAUGUCCUGAGAAGUGGUACUCUUAAAGCAUACCCCGAGGGGAAAGGUGUUGGUUUGGCAAUUGGGAUCGCUCUAUUGACAGCUACUUCUUCACUCUUUAAUAAUCACUUUAUGUAUAGAGCAAUGUUAACAGGAGCACAACUCCGUGCAGUAUUAACAAAGAUAAUUUUUGAUAAGACAUGCCGCUUAAGUUCUAGAGGUCGUCAUGACUAUCCACUAGGGACAAUAACUUCUAUUAUCGGAGCAGACAUCUCUCGAAUUGAUUUUGCACUUGGUUAUCAGCCGUAUUUUUUGACUUUCAUUGUUCCAACUGCUUUGGCGAUUGCUUUAUUGAUAGUGAAUAUCGGAGUUUCUGCAAUCAUAGGAGUGGCAGUUCUAUUUCUAUUCUUGGUCUUUAUUGGUAUACUGACUAGGAAACUAGGUGCACUUAGGCGAAGUGUCCUGGUAUUCACUGACGCCAGAAUUAACUAUAUUAAGGAAGUCUUAUAUAAUUUGAAGAUCAUCAAGUACUAUUCAUGGGAAAUACCUUACGUUGCAAAUAUUAAGAAGGUAAGGGAUCAGGAAAUGAAAUUAGUUCUUACAUUUCAAUCAAUUAGAAACGGAUUUACUGCUCUUGCCCUCACGCUUAACAGUAUUCCAUAUAUGGUGGCCUUUCUUGUACUAUAUGCCAUAGAUUCUGGAAGGAGAAGUCCGGCGAGUAUCUUUUCUUCCAUUUCGCUCUUUAAUACUUUGAAUCAACUGAUUAUAUAUUUACCUUUAGCUAUUCCCGCUACUACAGAUUGCCUUAUUGCAUUUGAUCGUAUAGCGAAAUUCUUGAAUGCUUCUGAAUCUGAAGUUCGGGAUGAGACUAAGAAACAUCACUCUGAAUAUGCACUUGAGGUCAAGAAUGCUUACUUUGAAUGGGAAAAUUUUGAUCAAGAUGAAGAAAAUAAUUUUGACGGAGAUGGUAUCACUAAUAUGUUACUUGAAAAGUCCAAGCUGUCACCUUUUGGUCUCUAUGACGUAAAUUUAAAAGUAAGAAAGGGAGAAUUUGUUGCAGUUACAGGAGCUAUUGGAUCAGGAAAGUCAUCUCUUUUGCAAGCCAUUGCUGGGUUUAUGAAAAAGAAAUCUGGUAUUGUUGAAGUUUACGACUCUCUACUUUUCUGUGGUAGUCAUUGGAUCCAAAAUGCCACUAUUAAAGAUAAUAUUUUGUUUGGAUCUCCAUUCGAUAAAGAAUUGUAUCAACAGGUCCUUCGAGUUUGUUGUCUAGAGGAAGAUUUGAAUAGUUUUGCGGCAGGUGACUCUACGGAGGUAGGUGAAAGAGGGAUUACUCUAUCUGGUGGGCAAAAAGCGAGACUCAGUUUAGCAAGAGCCAUAUAUAAGCAAAUGGACAUUAUUCUUUUGGAUGAUGUUUUGAGUGCUGUUGAUUCCAAAGUCGGUAAACGUAUUGUAAAGGAAUGUUUGACGGGAUUUUUGGAGCGUAAAACCCGAAUUUUGGCUACUCAUCAACUCAAUCUUGUAAAGACGGCUGACAGGAUUAUAUACUUGGACAAAGAUGGAUCAAUGCUUCAAGGAACUUACGAGGAAUUGUUGAAGGACUCGAGAUUCACAAAACUCAUGGCCUACGGCGAUUCACUGGGUUUUGUCAAUUCAGAAGUGGAAAAGAUAGACGUUGAAGAUUUGGAAGAAGUCAACGCAGCCGAGACCCAACCAGAAAAGGUACUGGAUGGAAAGAUUGUAAAAGAAGAAGAAAAAGCUGUAAAUGGCAUUAAAUUUGAAGUUUAUAAACAGUAUCUCAGAACUGGGGCUGGAAUCUUCAGAUUGUAUGGUAUUAUUCCGCUUAUAUUAACUGUGGUAAUAACAUCAACUUUUUGUUCCAUAUUCACUAAUACUUGGCUUUCAUUCUGGACUGCCAAUAAGUUUCCUCAACUUAGUCAAGGUCAAUACAUUGGUAUCUAUGUGAUGUUCACAUUUCUUGGAGUUGUGCUAUUGUGUUUGGAGUUUUCGUUGGUGGCUUACAUUGCAACGAAUGCGUCUCGAAUAUUGAACGUUUUGGCAAUUCAGAAGAUUGUCCGUGUACCCAUGUGGUAUAUGGAUACAACUCCCAUGGGUAGAAUUCUCAAUAGAUUCACAAAAGAUACGGAUGUGCUUGAUAAUGAGUUUGGUAUACAGAUGCGUUUGGCCAUUUAUUCAACUGCAAGCAUGAUUGGAAUUAUUAUUCUUUGUAUUUGUUACUUGCCUUGGUUUGCCAUAGCAGUGCCAUUUCUUUUGAUAAUUUUCAUUCUGAUUGCAAACUUUUAUUUAGGGGCAGCAAGAGAGGUCAAAAGAUUGGAUGCAACGAAACGUUCGUUUGUUUUCAGCAACUUCAAUGAAACACUUCAAGGGAUGGAUGUUAUUAAAGCCUUUAAAGUCGACGAUUUAUUCGUAGAUAGAAACAGUAAACUAAUAGAUUCGAUGAAUGAAGCAUAUUUCCUCACUGUGGCAAAUCAGCGUUGGUUGGGUCUCCAUAUGGAUAUGAUGGCUGCAGUAUUUAUAUUAAUCAUUUGCUUACUAUGUGCUACCGGUACAUUCUCAAUUAGUGCAUCUUCAAGUGGGUUGGUUAUUUCGUAUGUGUUGCAAAUUGCAAAUCAGCUCACAGUACUUCUUAGAAGUUAUACUAAUUUGGAGAAUGAAAUGAAUUCCGUUGAGAGGAUUUCCCAGUAUGCAUUCAAUCUUCCCCAAGAAGCACCUGCUAUCAUUUCAGAAGCGGUACCAAAAUCCAGCUGGCCAUCGAAAGGUGCAAUUGAAUUUGAAAAUGUUAGUAUGAGGUAUAGACCUGAACUCCCAUAUGUUUUGAAAGAUAUUUCCAUAUCUUUCCCAGCUGGUUCUAAAAUUGGGAUUUGUGGUAGAACAGGAGCUGGUAAGUCUUCGAUUUUAACGGCAAUCUACAGAAUUUCGGAACUUGAUGUUGGUAAAAUUAAUAUUGACGGUAUUGACAUAUCUCAAAUUGGAUUAACUAAUUUACGAAGUGGUUUAUCUAUUAUCCCACAAGACCCAGUCUUGUUUUAUGGUUCGAUUAGAAAAAAUUUAGAUCCCUUUGGCACCAGAAACGAUGAAGAUUUAUGGGAAGCUUUACGUCGCGCUGGAUUGAUCGACAAAACUGAUCUAAAAGCAAUCAAAGAAGGAGAUUUGCAAUCCCACAAGUUUCAUUUAGACCAAAUUGUGGAAGACAAUGGUAGUAAUUUUUCGUUAGGUGAAAAACAGUUGCUUGCUCUUGCCAGAGCCUUGAUUAGAGAUACCAAUAUUCUCAUUCUUGAUGAGGCAACGUCGUCAGUCGAUUAUAAAACUGAUGCUACGAUUCAGGCUACCAUCAGGGAUGAAUUUGAAAAUUGUACUGUUCUUAGUAUUGCCCAUAGAUUGAAGACAAUUAUCAACUAUGACAAAAUUUUAGUAUUGAAUGAUGGAUCGAUUGCAGAGUUUGAUAGUCCUUGGCAAUUAUUCUCACGGGAAGAUAGUAUAUUCCGUGAUAUGUGCAUUAAAUCUCAAAUAUCCGAGACAGAUUUUAAACUUUAG